AUGCCGGCCACCGAAGCAACUCCCGUCGCAUGUUCCGAGUCCGGUAUCGUCAAGAUGGAAGACCGGAAGAGACCUGCUACUCAUGAUCACAAUGAUUCCGCUCCACCAUUGAAGAAGCAAGCUACUUCUAUCAAUGGUGGGAGUAAACCGCACCCAGAUGCCGAUAUGCCUUGGAAAGACGACCUAGAACGAUUUCAAAAAGAUGCGAUAUGGCGGCAGAUGCAAGAGUACAAACGUGAGAAGAUGUCUCUGGAGACGAAAGUCAAGGAAAUGUCGAAAGCUACGGCCUACCAUAAUGAUCAUUUACGUGUAAUUGAUGCCUGGUUCAAUCAGUUAAUUGAGGAGGUCAAAACUCUCAUGGGCGCGUCGAAUGAAGACAAAGAUCGGCCUUCGUUUCGAAGUUCGUUGUUGUUCGAAAAUAUGGAAGACUUUGAGAAACAUCUCAAAGCCCGGUCAGAUGAUAUACGUGCCAUUAUUACUCGGUUGCAAUCUUUCUCCACAAAUGCGCCCCCAGAGGUUACAGAUUUGCAGUCCCAACUAGCGAAGAAAUUGGCCGAAGAAAAAGGUACUAUUGCCGAACUUGAGAAAGCUUUGACCGAAAAACAGCAACUGGAAGAAAGCCUGGAGGCAGCGUCACUACGGUACAUGGUGGCUGAGAAGAAGCUCGACCGCGCACGAAGCUUGACUGUCGCCAAAUUAGAGAAGCAGUAUCUCCUUGGUGCUCAGCGACCUGGCGGCGAUAGUGCAUCCGGAAAUCGGGAAGAGCAGUCACCUGUCAACGGUGUGCCCUCGAGCGUCGAACGCAAUUCCGAAUUGGAAGAAGCGCAUAAACAGCUUGUGGCGGUUUCGGAGAAGCAAAAGGAACAGCUGCAAAAACUUGAGACUGAGAACGCAAAUCUACUAAGCCAGAUUACGGAAUUGAAUAUCAAGCGUACAAAGCCCACCGACGAUGAUUAUGCGCAUACGGACUUAUUUAAGCAACUGCGAUCCCAAUACGACGACGUUGUUAAACGAAUCAAUCACCUGGAAGCAACAAACAUACAACUACGUGAAGAGGCCGCAAAAUUACGAUCUGAACGGACUGCAUAUCGCAACCGGGUGGAUGAGGAAACCCAGAACGUUAUUGCCGAAAAGGAAGCGCAAUUGAUGCGAGCUGAGACUGACUUAGCCCGAAUUCGGAACGCCCGUGACGAGCUCUUGGCUGAUCAGCAGAUGCGGAAGGCUGCGCAAGAACAGGAGAAAAUUGCGACAACUAAGGUUCAAGAACUUGCGGAUGCUGCACAGGCUCGGAUUAAUGCCCUAGAAUCCGAGGUAGAAAGGCUCCGCUUGCAGCUUGACAACACGAAAGCCGCGCAUACAGAGAUCGACGAUAUUCCGUUGGAAGAACUUCGUGCGAAAUAUCAGAAUUUGGAGCGCCAGUAUUCCAUGCUCAACACUGAGUUGACGUCGAUGCAGACCGCCUGCAAAAAGUACUCUUCGUUGGCUUCGCAAAAGGUUGCAGAUUUCAGCGCUUUAGAAGAGAAGGUCGCCCGGUUGACUGCCGAAAAGUCGAAAGCGGACCAAAAGUAUUUCGCUGCAAUGAAGAGCAAGGAAGCACGAGAGUUGGAAGUGCGAACUUUGAGAAUGCAGAACUCGAAGAGCUCAGAUAUUGUCUCGCAACUAAAGGAAUCCGAGGCAACCACUCGCUCUCUGUUGGCCAAUAUGGAGAAGCAGGCUAGUGAGACGAAGGAAGCAUUGAAUUCGAUCAUCAGCAAGCAUCAUGCGGCUCAGCAGCAAAUCGCGGAGAAUAACAUUGUUAUCGACGGUCUCAAAGCCCAAGUCAAUGAGCUCAAGGCCCUCUCGGUGUCGAAGGAUUCGUCAUUGGCGAGUGCUUCAAGCGCCUGUCGUAAGGCCGAGACUGAAAUUGAAAGCCUGAAAGUCACUCUUGCCGAUACCAAGAAGAGUCUUGAGAAUUGGAAGAACAAGAGUUUGGGCAAUUCAUCGUCAGAGUAUGAGAUGUUAAGGAGUCUUGCACUUUGUACUGUCUGCCGCAGAAAUUUCAAGAAUACUGCGAUCAAGACGUGCGGUCACGUAUUCUGCAAAGAAUGUGUAGAAGAAAGACUCACUUCUCGAUCUCGAAAGUGUCCAAAUUGCAAUAGAUCAUUCGGAAAUAAUGACCAUAUGCAUAUCACGCUAUGA